ACUUUCUCACAUAUCGUAUCGUUGUAGUUGUCACUGGUUUAUGGUAUUGAAUAGACGUUGACUGCAUUCACCACACUUUAACUGACAACAUCUUGCUUCUGUGCCUCACAUCUACACCUACAUACCGAUAUAAUUACACCAAACACGAGAUGACAACGACAGAAGUGCAGCUUUCAAAGACCCAGAUUAAAACCAAAAGCGUCAAGACGUAUGACAUCAAGGGUAAAGUGAUACUUACACAAGAACAUUUGGAUCAUCUCAACUCAAAGUUAGCAGAUUUAUCCCCAGAACAGAUUCUACAAUGGGCCACGAUAACUUUCCCGAAUCUGUACCAAACCACUGCAUUCGGUCUAUCCGGAUUAGUAACGAUUGACAUGCUAGCACAGAUGGGUAAGAACACAGAGCUGAUCUUUAUCGAUACGCUUCAUCAUUUCCCACAAACCCUUGAACUUGUUGAGAAUGUCAAAGAGAGAUAUCCACAGAAUAAAGUAAACGUUUACAAGCCGAUGAAGGCCGCCACGGAGUUGGAGUUCGAAAAGGUGUACGGCGAGCAGCUCUGGGAGACAAACGAGGACAUGUACGACUUCCUUGUCAAAGUCGAACCUGCACAGAGAGCAUACAAAGAGUUGGACGUUGUUGCCGUCUUCACCGGUAGAAGACGGUCACAAGGAGGAGCCAGAGACAAACUCCAAAUAUUGGAGAUUGACGAGGCCUCAAACAUUAUAAAGAUUAACCCAAUGGCCAACUGGAGCUUCGACCAGGUCCUUUCGUACAUCAAGCAGAACAACGUCCCGUACAACGAACUCUUAGACCUGGGUUAUAGAUCAGUGGGAGAUUACCACUCAACUGCUCCAGUUGCCGAAGGUGAAGACGAGAGAUCGGGAAGGUGGAAAGGUCGUGUCAAGUCAGAAUGUGGAAUCCAUCAAACUUCAAAGUUCGCACAGUACUUGAACUCGUUAGUUGAGACCAAAGAGUAAGACAAGUCAAAUCAAUAAACUAUUUAUUCCAACCGUUCGUAAAUAAACAAUACAAGCAUCUACACGUAUGACUUCAACUUGCCGCCAAUGUUCAAAACCUUGUUAUAAAACUCCCGGUUCCCAAAGAGAAAAA